UACCUAGAGAGAGAAUUAGAGAAUCUGUGGUGGCAUUUGCCAGCGGUGAAAUUGAAGGAUGAAAGCUUUCUCUCACUACAAAGCUGGCAUUUUUCUUCAUUUAUAAACCUCUUCACUCUCUCCGGCCGAUCAAAUGUUAAUAAAGCUUUGAUCUUUAAUCAUACCCAUGGCUUGGAUCAGGAAUAGAAAGAUGGUAGAGAAAUAUGUGAAGGAUGCAAGAAUCUUGAUUACAAGUCAAGAACAGAGUGAGGCUUUGAAUCUUCUAGAAGCUGCUCUUAUUCUGUAUCCUCGUUAUGAACCUGCGCUUGAACUGAAAGCGAAAUCUCUUCUUUGUCUCCGGCGAUUUAAGGAAGUUGCUGAUAUGCUUCAGGAUUAUAUUCCUAGUCUGAAACAUAGACUAGAUUCAGAUGAAUCGUCGUCGAGUUCUUCUGUUUCUUCAGAUGGAUCUAUUUCUCAACCGCUUUCUAAGGAAAGGGUUAAGCUUCUUUCGUCAUGGGGAGCCGGAGAUUCGCCGGAAAGAGAUCUGCAUGUUUCGUUGUCGCCGGUCAAAUGUUUCUCUGUUUCUGAUUUGAAGAAGAAGGUUAUGGCGGGACUGUGUAAAAACUUUGAUAAAGAAGGGCAAUGGAGGUAUUUAGUAUUGGGACAAGCUUGUUGCCAUCUAGGUUUAAUGGAGGAUGCAAUGAUCCUCCUUCAAACCGGAAAACGUCUCGCCGCCGACGCCUUUCGCCGUAAAAGUAUAAGCUGGUCGGACGACAGUUUCUCUCUCUCAUCAUUACCUAUAUCAAUUGAAACACCAACAACCCCACCAAGAACAGAAUCAGAGAGUAUUUCCCAAUUAAUCAGCCACGUCAAACUCCUCAUUCGCCGCAAAACCGCCGCAAUCGCCGCCCUAAACGCCGGCCUUUACACAGAAGCAAUCCGACAUUUCUCCAAAAUAGUCGACAGUCGACGAGGUGCCCCACAAGGGUUCUUAGCUGAAUGUUACGUUAAUCGCGCCUCUGCAUACAAAUCAGUCGGUCGAAUCGCGGAGGCAAUCGCAGAUUGUAAUCGAACACUCGUUCUUGAUCCGAGUUGUAUCGAAGCACUUACUAUUCGAGCUUCAUUAUUCGAAACAAUUCGAUGUUUACCCGAUUCACUACACGAUCUUGAACAUUUAAAACUUGUUUAUAGUUCAAUUCUUCGUGAUAGAAAACAACCAGGUCCUGCAUGGAAACGACAAACAGUUCGAUAUAGAGAAAUACCAGGAAAGCUCUGUUCUUUAACAUCGAAAAGUCAAGAACUAAAACAGAGAAUUGCAUCCGGUGAAACAGGGAAUGUCGAUUACUACUCCUUAAUUGGUCUUAAACGUGGGUGUUCUAGAUCAGAGUUACAAAGAGCUCAUUUACUUCUCACAUUGAAACAUAAACCAGAUAAAGCUGUUUACUUUAUUGAAAGAUGUGAGUUUGCUGAUGAAAUGGAAGCUGAUUCUGUUAAAGAAAGAGCAAGAACAUCAUCUUUAUUGCUUUUCAGGUUGAUUCAGAAAGGUUAUACUUUAUUAAUGAAGAUUAUAAUUGAAGAAGAAGCUGUGGAGAAACAGAGGUUGAAGGCGGCAGUGGCAUUACAAGCUACUGCAAUUCAAAUUCAACAAUUUUCGCCGGAAAAUUCAAAUUCUAAUCGGACGGAAAUGAAACCCAAUUCAACGGCGGCGGUUUAUCAAGGGAUAUUUUGUAGGGAUUUGAAUGCAGUUGGGAAUUUGAUUUCUCAGACGGGUUUUAAUUUGCCGAUUCCGGUUAAGUAUGAAGGUUUAAGCUGUUAAAAUUAUAUAUAUUAAAGGUAAGAACUUGUUCUUAAUUGUUUAAGUUAGACCGUUAAUGGCUACCGCCGGCGGCGGAAUCUUGCCGGGAAAUUUUUGUUAUUUAAUUUCUUUCUCUAGCCUAUAUGUACAGAAAUAUUUCUUUUUGUAUUUUUUCCUUUAAGUAAUUAAAAUUGCAAUUUGCUCUAUAAAGUCUUUUUUUUUA